AUGACUACGAACCCUCGAAAAGGCACAGAUCCAAGCCCAAUGGAAGAGAGUGACCAGCUCACUAUCAGACCCUUGGGUGCUGGGCAGGAAGUGGGCAGAUCAUGUAUUAUGUUAGAAUUCAAAGGAAAAAAAAUCAUGUUGGAUUGUGGAAUUCAUCCGGGCUUAUCAGGGAUGGAUGCUUUGCCUUUUGUAGACCUAAUAGAGGCUGAUGAAGUGGAUUUACUUCUAAUAUCACAUUUUCACUUAGAUCAUAGUGGGGCUUUGCCCUGGUUCCUAACAAAGACUUCAUUUAAGGGACGUGUGUUCAUGACACAUGCCACAAAAGCCAUCUACAGGUGGCUGGUUUCAGACUACAUUAAAGUUAGUAAUAUAUCAACAGAGCAGAUGCUCUACACAGAAUCUGAUUUAGAAGGUUCUAUGGACCGUAUUGAGACUAUCAACUUCCAUGAAGAGAAAGAUGUGAGAGGUGUACGGUUUUGGGCAUAUAAUGCUGGUCAUGUACUCGGAGCGGCAAUGUUCAUGAUUGAAAUAGCUGGUGUGAAGAUAUUGUACACAGGUGAUUUCUCCAGGCAAGAGGAUCGACAUUUGAUGGCAGCAGAAAUUCCAACUGUUCAUCCAGAUGUUCUCAUAACCGAGUCAACGUACGGCACGCACAUCCACGAGAAGCGAGAGGAGAGAGAGAGCCGGUUCACGGGGCUGGUGAGCGACAUCGUGACUCGUGGUGGGCGCUGUCUCAUACCAGUGUUCGCUUUAGGCCGCGCUCAGGAACUGCUGCUCAUACUGGACGAAUUCUGGUCUUUGCACCCGGAGCUGCAGGACAUCCCCAUCUACUACGCGUCGUCGCUCGCCAAGAAGUGCAUGGCGGUAUACCAGACCUACGUCAACGCUAUGAACGACCGAAUCAGAAGACAAAUUGCCAUUAAUAACCCCUUCGUGUUCCGGCACAUAUCCAACUUGAAGGGUAUAGACCACUUUGAGGACAUCGGGCCGUGCGUGAUAAUGGCGUCGCCGGGCAUGAUGCAGUCGGGCUUGUCCCGCGAGCUGUUCGAGUCGUGGUGCACAGACCCCAAGAAUGGGGUCAUUAUCGCCGGUUACUGCGUAGAGGGCACCCUCGCUAAGACCAUCCUGUCGGAGCCCGAGGAGAUCACGUCCAUGUCGGGCCAGAAGCUGCCCCUCAAGAUGUCCGUGGACUAUAUAUCCUUCUCGGCGCACACAGACUACCAACAGACUUCGGAGUUUAUCAACAUACUGAAGCCGCCGCAUGUGGUGUUAGUGCACGGCGAACAGAACGAGAUGUCCCGCCUGAAAGCUGCGUUACAACGCGAGCAUCGAACCCGCCUCGCCGUGCAUACGCCGCGCAACACGCAGCUCCUCGCCCUCACCUUCCGCGGGGACAAGACUGCCAAGGUGAUGGGAUCGUUGGCCAUGGAAGGCCCGGAGGCCGGCAAACAACUGCAAGGCAUCCUGGUCAAGAGGAACUUCAACUACCAUAUAUUAGCUCCACAGGAUCUCAACAAAUACACGGAGUUGAGCCAGUCUGAAGUGACCCAGCGUUUAUCGAUCCAGUACAGCGGGUCUGUUGCUUUGUUGAGGCAUGUGGUGAUGCAACUGGCCGGCACCAUACACUUCCUGAGCGACUCGCGAUGGAGGCUGUACGGAUGCCUCGACCUUUGCCUCGAGCGAGACACCAUCACGCUGGAGUGGCAAGCGUCGCCGGUGUCGGACAUGUACGCGGACGCGGUGGUGGCGGCAGCUCUAGGUGCCGCGCAACUGCCGCCGCAGCCGCACCUGCCGCUCCACUUUAUUUAUUUCACUGUCAUGGGUAGCCUGGAAGAGAUUGCUGUUUAG